CUGUAUUUCUUCUUUCUUUUCUUAUGCUCUUUGUAGAUGGAAAUGAAGUAGUAAAGAAAAUACUUCUAUUUGCUUUGUACACUUUACAGCAUGUUGGUUUAUUCUUAUGGUUUUCUGAAUAUUUGUCUCAGUUCUUCUUACAAAUUAGGAAGAAAGAAAAUGCAUUAGAAUAAUGUGGUCCUGGAAUAACCAAAGCAAGCAAGGAAUGUUGGGUGGAUGCAGUAUCUUGAAAGAAUAGGUUUAAUAUUUUAAUUGCAUGUUUUAAGAUGAUGCUAUCUCUUUAACUAAAGCCUACAGAUACUUGAGGCUAAAUUAUGUUUUCAGCAUGCUUGGUCUUCAUUCACGGAAUGAGCUUUCUUGAACAAAGAGAUGUGCCACUGUGGCUUCUGGAAAGCUGAGUGACUCAGAAAUCAGCCACUUCCUCGGGCACGGUGAUGUGAAGGACAGAUUUCCCGUUUGCCUGAAGUUAAAUCCGACCUGACCUGUCACUACAAAUGGACAGUUUUUCAAAGAUGAGGCUUGGUGGAGGAGCUUCUUGGUAUCUCAACUAUGGAAGGCCUACUUUGUGCUAAUGUGGACGUUUCUGUGAGCAAACCUCCAGGAGCAAGCCCUCAGUCCUUCAUUGCUUUGCUGAAGGUUCACCGAGAGCUUCUGGUCGGUAGGAUCCGAAACACGCAGUGCUUGAUUGAUAACUUGAUUAAGAACGACUACUUCUCCACUGAGGAUGCAGAGAUUGUUGUCCAGUUUCCUACUCAAGCAGAUAAGGUUCGCAAAAUUCUAGACUUGGUUCAAAGCAAGGGAGAAGAAGUUUCGGAAUAUUUCGUCUAUGUCCUGCAGAAAGUCACUGAUGCUUACUAUGAGCUUCAGCCUUGGCUGGAUGAAAUAGGUUACAAGCCUUCAGAGAAUAUUUGUAGUAAACCUGUGGUAAAUACAGAUCCAGUUAGCAGGUAUUGCCAGAAACUCAGACAUGACCUGGGACGGGACUCCAAGUUUUUUAUGUUGUACGCUCAGAAGGAGGAGGUGCUGCUCGAAGAAAUCUACUCCAACAGUAUUAUGGAGCUGGUCAGUUUUACCAAUGAGAGUCUUGGCCAGGUGGGUCAAUUAGAAGCCCUUUUUGAUGAUGCAGUUGGGCUAAUUAAUGAAGAUGGAGAGACUAUUUAUGUCUACGGGGAUGCAGGAAUUGGAAAAUCCAUCUUGCUGCAAAAGAUACAAAGCCUUUGGGCCAGGAAGGAAUUGGACAUAGGGGCCAAGUUUUUCUUCCGUUUUCGGUGUAGGAUGUUUAGCUGCUUCAAGGAAGAUGAAGCCAUAUGUUUGAAAGACCUGCUCUUCAAAUAUAAUUGCUACCCAGACCAGGACCCUGCAGAAGUGUUCCGUCACAUCUUGCAGUUCCCUCAUACAGUUCUUUUCACUUUUGAUGGCUUUGAUGAGAUCUAUUCCAACUUUGAUCUCAGCAGCGUACCUGAGGUAUGCUCACCCAAUGAACCCAUCCACCCCCUGGCACUGCUUGUAAGCCUUCUCAGAGGAAAGCUUCUUAAGGGAUCCAAGAAAAUUCUUACUGCCAGGACAGGAACUGAAAUCCAAAAAAACAUCAUUAGGAAGAAAGUGUUGCUCCGCGGUUUCUCCAGGAAUAACCUGAAGGAAUACACAGCUAUGUUUUUCAAAGAUGAGCAGCAACGAGCACUGGUAUCAAACCAGUUGGAAGCUAACCCAAAUCUCUGCAGUUUGUGUUCAGUGCCUUUAUUUUGCUGGAUUAUCUUCAAAUGCUUUGAGCACUUCCACUCCAUGUUUGACAGCCAUGAGCUUCCAGACAGUUCUGUUACAUUAACAGAUGUAUUUUUGCUCAUGAUUGAAGUCCACCUGAACCGAUCUGUGAAAACAAGUUUGCUGAAGAGCAAUAUCAGGAGCCAAGCAGAGAUGUUCAAAUCAAGAAAGGAAAGUCUUCUAGCUUUGGGUAAAAUGGCAUACAAAGGGAUGGAGAACUCUUCCUUUAUCUUUGAGCAGGAGGAAGUCUCAUCGGCAAACAUCUCUGAAGAAGAUUUGCAAUUGGGCUUUCUCAGGACAGUUAAAGGUUACAGUGGCUGUGACAGUCAGGCCACUUAUGAGUUCUUGCACUUAACCCUUCAGUCUUUUUUCACAGCUUUGUUUUUGGUUGUGGAGGAGAAGGUGGGUACCAAGGAGUUACUUGAGUUUUUCAAUGAGUGUUCUUCCAUGGAGACUGCUCAGACUACUUGCCUUCAUAUCCCCUGGUUGAAGAAACAGCUAGCAGGGGAGGAUCCUUUCCAAAAUAAAGAGCACUUUAAUUUUACCAACAUGUUUCUUUGUGGCCUGCUUUCUGGAUCCAGGCAGAAGCUCUUCAGACAUUUAGUUUCGCCUGCGGUCAUUAAGAGGAAGAGAAAAACACUCAUCACAUACCUUGGGGAGAACAUGAAAUCCCGCCUGAAAGGCUACACUCGGUCCAGGCUUAAAAGCUACAAUCAGGUGCAGGUGCAGCCCAACUUUGUGUGGAUGCUGAGGUGCCUGUACGAGACGCAGAGUGAGAAGGUGGGGAGGAUGGCAGCCCGCCGCAUGCACGCCAACUACAUCAAGCUGGCCUACUGCAACGCCUGCUCUGCCGACUGCAGCGCCAUUUCCUUUGUUCUGCACCACUUCCAAAAGCAGCUGGCUCUGGAUUUGGACAACAACAACAUCAAUGACUAUGGAAUAAAGCAGCUGCAGCCUUGUUUCAGCAAGCUGGCAGUGAUCAGGCUCAGUGUAAAUCAGGUCACAGAUCAUGGCGUGAGGAUCUUGUAUGAAGAACUCUCCAAGUACCAAAUUGUGUCUUUUUUGGGCUUAUACAGCAACCAAAUCACUGAUGUUGGAGCCAAAUAUGUUGCAAAAUUAAUUGAAGAGUGUUCAAGCCUGGAAUAUGUUAAAAUAGGAGCAAACAAAAUAACGAGCGAAGGAGGGAAGUGCCUUGCCCAGGCCAUCCAGAAGAGCCAGACAAUGUUUGAAAUUGGGAUGUGGGGUAAUCAAGUUGGAGAUGAAGGAGCAAAGGCAUUUGCAGAGGCCCUGAGGAACCACCCCACGUUAACAAACGUGAGUCUCGCAUUCAAUGGCAUCACGACAGAGGGAGGCAAAAGUAUUGCCGAAGCCAUGCAGCACAACAACUCCGUGAGGAUAUUCUGGUUGACUAAAAAUGAGCUGGAUGAUGAGGCAGCAAUGAGUUUUGCAGAGAUGCUGAAGGUCAACAAGAAACUGGUGCAUUUAUGGCUUAUCCAGAAUCAAAUUACAGCCAAAGGGGUGAAGUGCCUCAGCGAAGCUCUCAAGGAGAACACGACUAUUCAAGAAAUCUGCUUGAAUGGGAACCUGAUAAGCCAAGAAGAGGCCAAAGCUUUUGAAAAUGAACGGCGGAUCAUUUGCUUUUGAAUGAGGACUUUCCCAUUUUGCCAAGUUGGUGUUAACAAAGGCUACUCCUACACUUGGACUGCAGAGUUUAUAAAGGCAUCAAUCUACAGUGCUCGUGGCAGGAGAGAGAUACACAAUAAGCUGCCUUUUUAUGAACACACUGCACUCCCUCAGCUCCAUCCCUUACCCUGCCUGCUAUUUUUAAUCCUUUAGCUGAGUGGGAAGUUGCCUGGGUAAAUAAUUAAUGUUUGUUUGGUGCUUUGAAGAUGAAAUGCAAAGUGUUAACAGACUAAAUCCACUGGCAGGUGUAUGCAUUUUGAUAACUGAAUUUAGAUCUAUUCUGUACAGUGAUGUAAAUAAUCUCUUAACUUAUUUAUAUACGUAAAUAAAGACACACAAGUAUACAUAAACAA